AGUGUAGGCAACCACAGGAGGAAUAGUGACUUAGAAGUGUGUUUGGCCAGGAUGCCUGUGAAAUUGGCCUCACUUUUUCUGUUGCUACAGGUGAGUUGUUACAUUAACACCGGGAAUUGUGGCAAAGUCCUAGUAUGGCCAAUGGAAUACAGUCAUUGGAUCAAUUUAAAGACAAUUCUGGAUGAACUGGUCACAAAGGGUCAUGAAGUGACUGUUCUGACAUCUUCAGUUGCCCUUUUUCAUGAUCCUAAAAAGCAGUCUGCCAUUAAAUUUGAGAUUUAUCCGACAACUUUCACUAAGGAUGCCUUGGAGAUAUUUUACACAGAAUGGACCAGGAACUGGACAAAUUUAUCAAAAAACAAAUUUUGGAUAUACUUUCCAAAGAUGGAAGAAUUACUUUGGAUAUAUUCUGAUGUGUAUGAGAAGCUCUGUAAAGAAGUAGUUUCAAACAAGAAGUUUAUGACAAAACUACAGGAAUCAAGGUUUGAGCUCCUUCUUGCAGAUGCUGUUGGGCCCUGUGGUGAGCUGCUGGCUGAGCUACUUAAACUGCCUCUGGUGUACAGUCUCCGCUUCACUCCUGGCUUUUCAUUUGAAAAACACGUUGGAGGACUUCCAUUGCCACCAUCCUAUGUACCUGUUGUUAUGUCAGAAUUAAGUGAUAAAAUGACAUUUAUGGAGAGGAUUCAAAAUAUGAUAUAUACACUUUAUUUUGAUUUUUAUUUCCAAGUAUUUAAUGAGAAGAGUUGGAAUAAAUUUUACAGUGAAAUAUUAGGAAGACCCACUACACUAUCUGAGAUCAUGGGGAAAGCUGAAAAGUGGCUCAUUCGAACCUACUGGGACUUUGAAUUUCCUCACCCACUCUUACCACAUUUUGAAUAUGUUGGAGGACUCCACUGUAAACCUGCCAAACCACUGCCUAAGGAAAUAGAAGAAUUUGUCCAGAGCUCUGGAGAGAAUGGGAUUGUGGUGUUUACUCUGGGAUCAAUGAUCAAAGACAUGUCUGAAGAAAGAGCCAAUAUGAUUGCAUCUGCUCUCGCCCAGAUUCCACAGAAGGUUCUAUGGAGAUUUGAUGGCAAAAAACCAGAUACCUUAGGAUCCAAUACUCAGCUGUAUAAAUGGAUUCCCCAAAAUGACCUUCUUGGUCAUCCAAAAACCAGAGCUUUCAUAACUCAUGGCGGGACCAAUGGCAUCUAUGAAGCAAUCUACCAUGGGGUCCCGAUGGUGGGCAUUCCUCUGUUUGCUGAUCAGCCUGAUAACAUCGCUCACAUGGAAGCCAAAGGUGCAGCUGUUCGAGUGGACUUGGAAACUUUGACUAGUGCAGACCUGCUCAACGCAUUGAGGAAAGUGAUUAAUGAUCCUUUGUAUAAAAAGAAUGCUAUGUGGUUAUCAGCCAUUCAGCAUGAUCAGCCUGUGAAGCCCCUGGAUCGAGCUGUCUUCUGGAUUGAGUUUGUUAUGUGCCACAAAGGGGCCAAACACCUAAGACCAGCUUUGUACAAUCUCAAUUGGUUCCAGUAUCACUCUUGGGAUGUGAUUGGCUUCCUACUAGCCUGUGUGGCAAUCGUUACAUUUUUUGUCAUAAAAUGUUGCUUAUUUUGCUGUGCAGUGUUUGUUAAAACAAGUAAGAAGAAAAAGAGAGAGUAGACUUUGAAGCCUAAGGCAGAUAGGCUUGAUAAGUACAAUUACUCUAUUUAAUUCAACCAUAAUGAAUCAAGAUGUGGUAAUGCUCUCCUGAUUCUAUAAUUCUAAAUGAAAAGAGAUUUACUAGAGCCCUUGACUGUUAGAGACCAAAAAGUCUUCUGCUUUCACUAUUUUCUAUUUAAAUAAAGACAAUCAGAUAGAAUACGUAUGUCCCUGAAAAGAAAAAAAUAGAAGUGAAUACUUGUUAAAGAUGCUAUCACAGAUUUUAUUCAUACUUCUGGAGUAGGUUUGAGAUAUCAGUAUAAACAGUUCUUUUUUUUUAAAUAACUUAUUAUCUUUGAUAGAGACAGCCUGAAAUUGAGAGGAAGGGGGAUAGAGAGAGGGAGAGGGACAGAGAGACAUCUGUAGCACUGCUUCACCACUUCUGAAGCUUCCCCGCUGCAGGUGGGAAGCAGGGGCUUGAACCCAGGUCUUUGCACACUGUAAUGUGGUAACUCAAACAGAUUUGUGUAACUAAACCAGGUGUGCCAUCACCUGGCCCUUAGUAUAAACAGUUUAAUUACAACUUAGAUAAAGGUGUUUGAGGCCUGUUAAAGUGAAAACAUACAGGAAACAAAAGGGACUAUAGGGAAGUGAAAAGGAAGCAGCAAAACAAAAAAAGAAAGAAAAGAACUGGUGCUUAUUCAUCUCAAGAAAGGAUUUAAAAAAAAAAAAAAGCAGUGACUUGUAUGCUGCAGUCCAGCUGCAGCAGGUCAGGAGUCCCUGAAGGUGUAUCAGAGUAGCAGCGGAGAGAGGAAUGAGACAAGACACCGAAGUCUGAUAUCCGUAUGAUUUAUUCAAGCAAGCAAGCCUUUUUUAUAUUUUGCAGUACAGCUGUUUGCAAUAAGAGUUACAGUAAAAUGAAAGUAACAUCUUAAAAGUUUCCUAUAAUUUCCUUUAAAUUAAAGGUGAUAAACAUUAUAUUGUGACAGAGCAUGUUUUCUAUAUCCUCCUUACCGGGCAACAUUUUUUGUAAUACUGGUUUUGUUCCUUAGUGUGCAUGCACCAAGGUGGACCUUGUCUAGUCAAUCUUUCCAUGAACCCUAGCUGAAAAUACAUUCUUUCUCUGUUAAUAUUUACCCAACGAAUGCCUUUCUCAUCAUAUGCUCCUGUAUAUGGCAAUGGAGUGUCAGGAGCUCUCUGUAACCCUUUAGACCUAGGUGGAUACCAGAGUUUCCCAUUAAACUAGUAAGCUAUUUAUGGGGGUCCCUGUGCUGUGGGAACUAUCUUUCUGUUACUAGUUUUCUUAUUCUUGUAAGGUUGGGGUUUAGGUGCUUGAGUAGGCCAAGGAGCUAACAGCUCAGCCCUUUGUAAUGCUAUCAUAAAAUCUCUAUUAGGUUUGUUUGGGAAAUAUUGUUUCGCAAUUUCUCACAAGAAGUAUUGUUUACAAUUUUCACAGGGUGGUUUCUGGAGUUGUUUUUCAUAGUUCAUCCUCUCAGUCAUUUCUAUCAAUAAUAUUAUUCCCCUUAUUAUGCCACCUCCUAUUCCAGGAAGCUUCCUUCUCUGAAGUGGGCUUCUCCCAAAUGUGACUCUGUCAACCAGCUGGGGUGGAAGGGGAUGUGGCACUUGUAAGAAACCUUUAUCCAAGCAAUUGAAAACUGCUGACUAUGGACUUUUGUCCAAUAGACAGAAUCUGUUUUUUGAACAGAGGUUAUCCAAAGGGACUGUGGAAAGUAGGCUGCAAGGGGGAGGGGGCUGUAAGGGGAGGGGACUCCACUAGGCUUUGGUGGAGGGAUAGUGGUGAUUUGGUGAUGGGUGAGGUGAGAAAUGGUAUUUUAAAGCAUUUAUAAUCUUGUAGUCUAAUGUUACCUUAAAUAAAUAAAACCACUAUAAAAUAAUCUCAGGAUUUUUGGGAUAGAAAAUGUCUUUCUGUUGUGAAUGAACAAUUUAACAAAACAUAUUUAUCUAGAAAGGAAAACAAAGAAAAAACAGGUCCAUAGGUGAUAAACAUUCAGAGUGACUUACAAACAAACAAGAUCAAUAUUAAGUCAUGUGAAAUGGUAAAAGUUUGUGAGAAAUCCUCUAUCAGAGAGAAUGAGCUUUGGAGCUGGUUAGUCAAGAAUUGCAGAUUGAAAAAUCAAGAGAGAUGAAAUAAAAACUGACACAAACAGAUGGACUCCAAAUUCCUAACACUGCAAGGAAAGAUAGAAUGAGCGAUUAGACAAGGAAGGCAGUUACAAAUAAAAGCAUGUGAUUAAGAGGGAUCAAUAAUGCACAUAUUUUAAUAAGUUUAUUAUAAACUUCUAGAGUCACUAAGCCUGAAGUGGUUCUGUUUGUCUAGGUCUAAUAAAGAAAACACAAAGCUCACUAGUCUUCCGUCUCUCUCGCUUUUGCUUUCUUUCUUUUGUUCACUAUCUUUAUGGUUAAUAUUGUUCAUUCUACUUAUACAUUCAGUAGCAUUCUAUUUCAUACAAUCAAUGAAUGUAUAUUUUAAUUUUUUGAAUUUCUAAAUUUCCUAUAUAUCUCACUUACCCCUUCUGUCAAGAAUUCCUUUUCUCUUUAAACAUUUUAAUUUUUUAAUGUUUAUUUUAAUGAGAGUGAUCCAGAAACAAAGACACACAGAAAGACCACUAUCAGCUCUGGCUUAUGGUGGUGCUGAGGAUUGAGCAUGGGACCUCAAAGACCCAAUAUUUUGGACAUGAAAAUAUUUUGCACAGCUCUUAUGCUGUCUCCGUGUGUCCCCUUUGGACAUUUUAAACCUGCUUGCUUUAAAAAUUAUAUUCUGAUAACCAGAGGGCUUUGUUUUAAUACCAUCAGUAAAAGGGAAGAGAACCUGAAAAACAGAGGAAGCCAGACACUGUUACUCUUUUUAUCUGAGAAGAGGAAGGAUACAUGGAAGUUAUAUAUAGGUAUAGGUGUGGCUUAGAAAGGAAGAGAAGGCAGGACCAUUGAAAAAAAAAAAAGGGCAAAUAUAUAUAGAUAGAUAGAUAUAGAGAGUGAUAGUUACAAAGUCAGCACUUCUCUGUGGCCUUGGGAGAACUACUGCAGUUUCCAACGGUGGGGAUGAGAACACAUAACUCUGAUGGUGGGGAUGGUGUGGGACUAUGCUCUUAUUCUCUUAUAAUUUUGUAUAUCAGCAUUAAAUAACUAAUAAAAAGUAAAUUACAUUCUAA